AUUUUCUGUUUGUGCAUUAUUAACGGCUUAAUGUGGUUUGGCUUUUAGUUUAGCGAUCGUUUUGAGGGUUUUAUUUUGAAAUUAUUUACGCGUAGGUAUGUUAAAAGUAAACUACGAGAGAAAACUGGCAGAGAGGACCGAGAUGUGAAGUCCUCCACCGGAUGUAGUGUAUAUUUAGAGAGUGGGUUCUCCACAGUUUAUGCGGACACUUUUCCGGGAUUUUAUUGUGAUAGUCCGCACAGGAUUUUGGCGACACGCGCUUGGAAACUUGCUUCGAGCCGUAGAAUGGGUACGUGGUAGGUACCGAGUGGAAACUUCCACACAGAACUGCCGGCAUUUAAAAGUAAAAGUGAAAAAAAAGAAAAAAAAAAAAAAAAAAAGCUGGCGGACACCGGAGAAGACGAGCAGGACGCGGUCACGAUGCUUCCACGCAGGCAGGACUACGGGAAGAGAAAGAGCGACGGCGUGCGGAGCGGCUCCGUUAUAAACUUCAGGAGCGCGGGGAGCCCGGGCUCUGUCCGCCGCAGCUCCGCCGUGCUGCUGCCCUCGGUGCUAACCUUCCUGGUGAUCGUAGCCUCCGGAGGCCUGCUGCUCAUGAUAGAGAAAGGAAUGCUGAACAGCAUGGAGACACCUUCUCCCCGGGGUAGCGCAAGGCGGCUGGAGCUCAUCGGCGAGACGCGAAAACACGGUGCAGAUGGCGCGGACGUGGACUCCCAGAUCCUCCAGGAGAUCCGCAACCGCACCAUCAGGACCAUGUGCAGCCAGAAGAACAUGCCCCACAGCAUCUGGUCCCUGAGCCCCCCGCAGAGGAAGACGGUGCUGCAGCACAUCCUGGUGAACGACGAGUACCGCUUCCUCUACUGCUACGUCCCCAAAGUGGCCUGCUCCAACUGGAAGAGAGUCUUGAAGGUCCUGAGCGGAGCCUUGGAGAGCGUGGACGUCAACGUCAAGAUGGAUCACCGCAGCGACCUGCUGUUUUUGUCCUCCCUGAAGCCGGAGGAAAUCCGCUACCGCCUCAAGCACUACUUCAAGUUCAUGUUCGUGCGGGAGCCCAUGGAGCGGCUGCUUUCCGCCUACAGGAACAAGUUCGGAGAGAUCGAGUCCUACCAGAAAAAGUACGGAGCGGAGAUCGUGAGGCGCUACAGGAAGGGCCGUGCCAAGGACGCGUCCGUGACCGGAGACGACGUGACCUUCGGAGAGUUUGUCCGUUACUUGUUAGACGAGGACGUGGAGCGCAUGAAUGAGCACUGGAUGCCCAUUUACAACUUGUGCCAGCCCUGCGCCGUUUCUUAUAACUUCAUAGGCUCUUACGAGCACCUUGGAAGGGACUCGGCGUACGUGCUCCAGCGCGUCGGCGCGCCGCCGUUUGUUCAUUUCCCGGAGAGGCAAACGUGGUACAAGCCCGUCACCACACAAACGUUACACUAUUACUUGUGCACUUUGCCGCAGAAGCUACUCAGGGAACUCCUGCCGAAGUACAUUUUAGACUUUUCUCUGUUCGCUUACCCCCUCCCAAACACAACCACUGAGCACUGCCGGCAUUAAUAGAGGUUCCGUUUCCUGGUUUUUAAAUGUUAUAUAUAUAUAAAUUCAUUUUGUAUUAUUUUUUAUUCCUAAGGAAAAAGAGACUAUUUUGAGAGAUAUUAAACAUGUACUUCUGAUGUCACACCAACCACUAAAGCUUCAAAAAUGAACAGACGAGAAAAAGGUCACUGAAACUUGAACUGUUACAGUAAAUAGGUCACAAUAGACUGAAACACAGUUUCAGCUAAAGUUAAUUACUGGCAUGAAUCUUAGUAAUUUAGUUAUUUUAAUGAGUUUGAACUGUUAUUGUCAGGCUGGAAUGAUGAAGCAACAUUCAA